GAGCCAUUUCGGGUUUAAUCCUUCCUCCGCCGAUUUGGGCGCGCGUGGGUCUGAACGGAGCCUUCUGCUCUCCUCGGGGUCGCGAUGUUCCGCUCGAGCCGUUGGUGCCUCCUCUGCGGGUGCGGAAGGCCGUUCAGCUCCCGCGCCUGGUAUCAGUUGCUGCAGAAGCAAAGAGGCUCACGGAAGCCAGUCACAGACAACUCCAGUGAAGGAAGCAUCUUGAGUCCCACAAGAUCACUCAGCCCCGAGGAAACGUUGAACCUGCUGGAAGCAUCAGUAGUGCAUGCAGAUGGUUCACUGGUGGCCAUCAGCAAACCCCCUGGCUUACCUGUGACAGGCAAACCGGGGGAGCUGACCUUGCUGUCUCUUUUACCGGAUCUAAGCCAGAAGCUUGGCUUCCCACAGAACCUCGAUGUGAUAAAAGCUGCAGUAAAGGAGAGUUCUGGACUUGUUCUGCUCUCAGGUUGCCCGAGCACCACCCAGCGCCUCCAGGAUUUCUAUGCCCGAUGUAGGAGAGCAGGAGAUCCAGCCGCUACCUACUGUGCUGUCACUACCAGGAUCCCUGCAGCCUCGGAAGGGGAAAUUCGUACAUGUCUCAAACUGAUACAGGUCGAAGACCAUAAGCUGGUGGUGCCAGUGGCUUCGCCUUCUCGAGGCAGCCUCCAGAGGAAGGAGGUUAGAAAAACACAGACACUCUAUAAGGUGUUGGACUCCCGCGAAGGCUGCGCCUUGGUGCAGCUACAGCCACUGACAGCCUUCACUAACCAACUCCUGGUCAGCCUGAUACUGCUGCUGAGCCCUGCGCUAGGGGACCACGUGUAUUCCUCCCGUGUGGGGUCUGUCCUGGGGGAGCCCUUCCUCUUGCCAGCUGAGAGUACCCUGCCUCGCACACAGGUCCUAGAAGAUGCUCUGCUGAAGAAGCUGCACCUGCAGCAGCAACUGGCGCACCGAUUGCCUCUCCACCUGCACCUGCACCAGCUCCUCCUCCCGGCCGCCGGCUCCCCUUCCUCCCGCACUGUGCUCACGGCUCCUCCACCACCUUUUUUCCUGAAGACCCUUUGUCUUCUGGGCCUCUCCCUGCCGCAGGACAAAAACAAGCAGUGACAAGGCAUCCGAAGCGUUUGCCUCAGCUCAGCAGGUACCGCCUGCCCCGGUCAAGUUGAAGUGAUGGCUUUUGACAGCCAGAAGCAGGUCUCUGCCAGGUUCUUGCUGCGGGAAGAAGCGUCUCGUCUCCUACUGGCCGGAUGCUCCCAGAGCUGCUGCUGAAGGAUGUGAAAGGGAGAGGCUUCCUUUAUACCUCCUGCGGUCUUAACAGGGCAGCAAAAGCAAUUUUUGGAACUUUUGGUGCCGUGCAGCAAUGAAGGUAGCAGCGAGGGAAACCUGGGUUCUAGAGUUUAUGUUUGCCCUGAUAAAUGCAGCCUCCACAGGCUGUGAACCAGCAGGCCAAUGGCGUACACAUGGUUGCGCCAUGGCAACGCGAGUUAGUGGCUGGCUUGAGGUCCAGGCUGGAAAAAGCUUAGGCACACCCAACUCCUACUGAAAUCGGCGGGAGUGCUGCACUCCCAUUAACUCUGAUGGGAUGCAUGCGCUCCUCAUGCUGUGUGGUUUAUGCUCCUUGCAGCACUAAGCAGUUGCUUGCCAAUGGUUGCCUCUGGCACUCAAGGUAAUGGCACUCUUCUGGGGGGUAAAGCAGUGUAGGAUUCUCUCCUUUAAUCCGUAUAUCUAUGAAACACAAAUGACUAAUGAAAAAAAUGUGCUUUGGC